UUUUGCUUUCACAAAAACUAGAAUAACUUGGCUUCGAAGAUGGCAUAAAAUUAGGCCUUCCAAGGUUCUCACCAGACUAUAUUUAAUUCACCUUCCACACUUUAAAGUCCACGCUUUACCCAUUGAAAAGCAGUUCUACUCCGCCAUAUCUGUACAGUAUCUGGCCUUUAUUCAUACAUAUCAUCGCUCAAAUCACUUCCUAGCGAGGCUUCGUUUUGUUCCUUUUUAAAAUUCUCGUGUUUGGUUUUUAGCUGCAAUGGCGCUGCCCUCGAGUGGUACCAGCUCAACCACACUCUGUAAUCACUGUGAAAGGAAUGUGCCGGCUUCAAAUUUUGACCUACACCAUGCUCACUGUAUACGAAAUUUGGAGCGCUGCACUGUUUGUGGAGACAUGAUUCCAAAAUCACGUGCAAAGGAACAUUACCAGGAUACUCAUGCUCCAGUAGCUUGUUCAAAGUGUGGUGAUUCCAUAGAACGUGAAUUAUUGCUCAUUCAUGAACGUGAUAAGUGUCUUCAGCGGAUUGUUGUAUGUGGGUAUUGCGAUUUCCCCCUGCCAGCAGUAGAGUUGAAUACACAUCUGGAAAUAUGUGGGAAUAGGACAGAGUUGUGUCAUCCUUGUGGCAAAUAUGUCAGAUUAUGUGAAAAGCUUGCCCAUGAUCUACAAUUUCAUGAAGAAAAUUCUGAAGCCAGUGGGGUUUCAUCAAGAGAUCAGAAUGGAGAAAAUGGCCAUAGUUCAUCAGAUCUAUCUCAAAGAGUGCCUAGGGAUAGACCACGAGAUGUCUCAAAUCGCAAAUUUCUUUUCACAUUGGCAAUCACAGGAAUCGCAAUCAUCAUUGGAUCAUUUGUUCUUCAAAGACGCAAUACAAAUCAACAGCAGUGACCGGAUGAUUUUUUCCUUUACAUAUUGUACAUGCAAUAAGAUUAUGUGAGAAAUCCAAUUGAUAGAUGGACUUUACUGACAUACAUUUCAGAGAUUUGACUUUCUGUGUCGGUUGUCUAUCUCCAAAAGGAAAAACUAUAUGUUGUUGGUUAUGAUAAAAAACAUUAUUUGCAAGUGUCCAAUUAUAUCAUUCAUGAUUCGACACCUGAAAUCAUAAUGAGGAUCAUGUUGCCUUUUUUAUCAUCUUUGCCAGACCUGUGGCUACAAUGUAUCAAAUUGUAUACAGUUUUGCUUAUAGAUUAUAUAUUAGUUUAUGAUAUACAACUGAUUGAAUA